AAUAUCCUUCCAUCCAUGGCGUAAUUUCUCCAUUUCCUACCGCCACAUUCACUUUUCAGUAUAUUUCGCCCACUGCCUGAAAGCCCCCUCGAAACCCCCCUCCGCGACUUUUCUUAUACGUAGCUCCUGUGUUGCCCCGCCAUAUCCAGUCGACUCCCUGCCCGUUAGAUUUCGCCCAAGUUGUGGGCGGGUAAAGAUGGGAUUCUGGAGCAGAGGAAUAGUUCCCGAUAAAUGGUCUGGCAGGAUUUUAUGGGUCUGUGCAAUUGGGAGUGCAGUUGCAUCCCCAUCUCUGCCACAUGAAGUUGAUGAACGUGGGUUUUCAUCACUGCUGACCACUGACCGAUUGAACUUCUCUUUCAAGCAAUGCAAAAUCUUCUUGCCACUUAGGGCAUCGGAGUCAAGUUCUAUUUUGCCCAAACAGAUCCAAUACGAUGAACAAAAUCCUCAUCUCUCCAUCUACCUGAAUGACUUGGCCAAGAUACCGAAACAUUUUUCUUGUAGGCACUCUGUCGCCCGGCCACUGCAGCAACACUCCAUGAGGAUCAACAAACAUUUUGAUGGAAUGUGUCAUGCAAUUAAUGAUGGAAUGGUGGAUGCAGCCAGGGAUGAACUUUGGGAGUUUCAGAAGAAAAUCCAAAAGGGGGAUAAUCAAGUAGGGAUGGAAGAUAAGGAAAAGGAGCUGAAAGACAAACUGUACAAGGCCAUUAAAGCUUCUUACCAACUGAAAUGCCAACAAAGUAAGCAAGAAUGGAUUAUUGAAGGGGAUAAAAACUCUAAAAUGUUUUAUGCAUGGAUUAGGAAAAGAAGAGUUCAGAAUCAAAUACUGGAAAUAAAGACAGAAGAUGGGGAGACAGUUGAAGGUUCUGCAGAUAUAGCAAAGGUGUUUGAGAAAUACUAUACGAAAUUGCUGGGAACUAAAGGGACAACUGAAAUGGUUAACCCUAAGAUACUACAGGAAGGAAAAGUGUUGGGGGCUGAACUACAAAUGGGGCUGAUCAAAGGAUUUAAUAACCAGCAGAAGGUGACAUCAAUUUGCAGGAAUUUUCUCUUGGGCAGCUCCAGUGACUAUAAAAGAACUCCUUUGGUGAAAUGGGAAGAGGUAUGUCAGAGAAGAAAUUAUGGAGGGCUGGGACUGAAAAACAUAUUCAACUGGAACAGGGCCAUAGUCAUGAAGCUGAAUUGGGACAUUGCAAAUAAAAAGGAUGUACUAUGGGUAAAAUGGAUCCAUAAUAGGUACAUUAGAGGGGCUGAAUUCUGGAAUUAUCUACCUAGAAAGGAUUCAUGCCAAUAUUGGAAAGCUAUGAUCAAAGUUAGAGAGGUUUUUAGACCAAUGCCAACAAGCAAAGACUACAAAGUGAAGGAGGGGUAUAACUGGCUCCAGGCUGAAGGAGCUAAACCACUAUGGACAAAAUGGGUGUGGAAUAAAUUCACACCACCCAAAUUUCAGGUAGUUAUAUGGCUGUACAUGCGUGGAAAACUGCAGACUAAAGAUCGAUUGGGGAGAUUCCUACCUGUGGAUAUGAGAUGUGGAUUGUGUGAAGAGGAGAAUGAAACGGCCAAGCACCUAUUCUGGGACUGUAAAUAUGCAAAGUGGGUGAUGCAGCAAGUGUUUGAUAGAUAUAACAUCUUGUUCCAAGCUAAUAGCGUAGAGGAGAUGGAAGAUACAAUGAUGAAAGGAAAGGGAAAUACCACAAAGAUGAAGAUUGCAGCUAUAUGGGCAGCCUGUCUUUACAGUAUUUGGAGCUAGAAACAAAAUAGCUCACCAAAACAGGCAUGUAUAUGGUUAGCGUUGAAAGACAAUUGCAGAAUAGAGAAAAAAUGAUGGCCGAAUCGUUGGCUGCUGCAGAAGAAAAGUCAUAAUGGUGGAGAAACUUGACAAACGCGGGUGUGGAGAUUUAGAAAACGCCUUUCUUUUUUUCACUUGGCACUGGUUUCCCGUGUGUUCGUCUUAAUUGUGCAUUUCUGCAUUUGACUACUUGUGAUAAUAAUGUCUUAAUGUGCCUGUGAUUUCAAGCAGCAUCGUUCUUGCAAUUUAAUCGUUUAAACAACCUUGUCUUUUUGUGCUACAUAUAUUAAACAAUGUCAAACAACCUUGUUCUUUAAAAAAUUUUAAAUCAAAUGAAAGUACCAAAAGUAU